GACCCCUCACUUUUUAUUCCCAUUAUACCCUUUUCUCUCAUUUUUAGUUUCCUUCUGGAACUUCCGAUCUGUGGUCUCUCAUCCUCUCUAUCUCAUUCUUAUCGUUCCGUAUUUGCGAGAACCUUCUAGAACACACUCUCUCUCUCUCUCUCUCACGUUUGAGAUCCGUACGGAGUCCUUCUGGAUUAGGGCAAUCUCGUUGUUGGUUGGUGGAAACUGAAAAGAUUGCGUUAAGACAUAGAGUUAGUUAUUUUCUGAGUGUUUCGGAUUUGGUUUAAUGGUUUUCUGAAAGCGAAAAGAGUUAUUAUCUUUGUCUUUUUUAUCUGUAAUUCGGAUUUGCUCAUGAUUCGAAGCUUCUUCAAGCAACCAAUUUAAAAAAGGUUCAGGUUAUUGUGGUUGUGUGGAUCUAAAACUCAUGCCGGGGGAACAAACCGGAGAGGUUGGCGGCGGUUGUAGCGCCGGUAAUAGUGGAGGAAGCAGUGGCGGCGGUGGAGGUGGAGAACCGCAGAGGUCAAUACCGACGCCGUUUCUAACGAAAACGUACCAGCUUGUAGAUGAUCCGGUUUACGACGAAUUGAUUUCGUGGAACGAGGACGGUUCAACAUUCAUCGUGUGGAAAGCAGCUGAGUUCGCGAGAGAUCUCCUCCCCAAAUACUUCAAACACAACAACUUCUCCAGCUUCGUCCGCCAGCUCAACACUUACGGGUUUCGAAAAUUGGUUCCCGAUCGUUGGGAGUUCUCUAAUGACUGUUUCCGGAGAGGUGAGAAGAUUCUGCUUCGCGAUAUUCAACGCCGGAAAAUCUCUCUGCCGGCGGCUGCUCCGGUGUUAGCUCACGUUCUUUCACCGUCUAACUCUGGAGAAGAGCAGGUCAUUUCUUCCAACUCAUCGCCGGCUGGUACUGGAGGAGGAGGAGGAUCGGUUGGUGUGGCGCUGCAGAGGACGACGAGCUGCACCACAGCGCCGGAGCUGAUGGAGGAGAACGAGCGGUUGAGGAAGGAGAAUGUUCAGUUGAGUCAAGAGCUGACAAAGCUUAAAGGCUUGUAUUCGAACAUCUACAAGCUGAUGUCGAAUUUCACGUCGGGUGGAGCGGAUUGUGUGAAACCGUUGGAUCUGAUGCCGGAGAGACAAGAGAUGAGUGAAGAAGCCAUAGAAACAGGGGCUGGUCUGAAGCUCUUGACUCCGAGGUUGUUUGGUGUUUCGAUUGGGGUGAAGCGAGCUAGAAGAGACCAAGAGUUGGGUGCUGCUGCUGCGGAAGAGGAUGAUAACCAAGAGGAAGAAGAACAAGGUUCCGAUGAUAAGUCAGAGCCAAUGGAGGAGAAUAACUCUGUUGACCACAAUGGGCCAUGGCUUGAACUUGGAAAGUGAGAAAGGCAAAGCCAUUGCCAUGACUUGGAGCAAUGUUUGGUUAGUGGGUACCAAUGCACUGAUCCUACUAUCCUUAGGUGUUCCUGAUGUUGCUUCUUGAAUCUUCUUCUUGAUGGAACUGAAAAUAUUCAGGCUCGUUUGGCUCCACCUGAUGGAGGUGCUUGGCAUGAUAUUAGAUAAACACAUGUAGAUUCGAAGUUGGAUCUUCACAAAGCACUGGUUUUGUUAGAUUUAUUGGCAAUGUUCUUUUUAGUUAAAAGUUCUUUCAUGUUAUAGGCUCAUGGUGUUUUAUUUGUAGUCUACUUGUAUGAUGAUGAUGAUGAUGAAUUUUUUUUUAAUUCUAGAUUAGAAGAUAUAGGUCAAGC